UCGGACUCGUUGAGCAGAGGCGAUGUGGACUGAAAGUUUCAUCUAUAAUCCACAUUAAUUUGGUUCUGUUCAACGGAAACAGCAUCCAAAAGACAUUGCUGUUGUCCAUCAUCAUGAAUGUGUAUAUUGAUCUCUGCCAUUCACUCGGGCUUCCCGGGUGGUUAGCAUCUUUGCUACAUGCUGCCACACGCCUCAGGAAUGACCACGCCCGUCGCAAGAAGGUCUUCCGUCUUCUGCAGAGGAAACUGUUUUUUAACAAGGUUGGCGUGAAGGAGGGGGAUCAGUGUCAGCCUACCUACGUCUACCCUAAAGAGGUGAAGAUGUUGAUACGGUCUGCCUUUCCAGAGGACAUCUGUGACUAUCCAGAUCCCUGCCAUGAUAAGCCACGGGAAGCCCCUGACGACUCUCACAGCCUCUCUGCAGCAAUGGACUCAGAGGAGAGGGGCUUUGGUACGAUUUCCCUGAAGUGGUGUGAGCAUAGCACAGGAGAUGGGGAAACAUUUGAGUACUUUGACUCCUGCUCAUGGCACAGUGACAUCCUGUCAGAUUUUAGUGGAGAAGGAGAGGAUUCUGUGGACGCUUUGCUGCGACUGGAGGAUGCCUACAUUUUUCGACAAACAAUAGGAGUCAGCGUCUGCAGUGGGCACACUAAGGCUCGACGCAGAGAAUCAGUAUCAGCAAAGGACAGCCACCGAGAUGUCACAGAGACUUAUGUCAAACAAUCUACUUACAGCAUGAAAAAAGGACCAGAAAACUGUGUGGCACCAAAUCUUCCUUUGAAACUCAUCAAAAAAGACCUUUUUUCAGUUGAGAUCCAACCUCAUUUAAACACAGAGAAACUAAAAGAGCAGUGCAGUUUACAAACUGUUGUUACAGGCGGCACGGAGCCAUGCAGUCUGCAUAUUCAAAAGCAACACAAAACGGAGACAUUUGAUGCAAAGCUAGAUGCCGGAGCCCCCCUGGAGCCCAUCAAGGCCCACUGCUUCUCCCACAGCACCCCCAUCGGUCUUGACUGCUUGGGCAGGAGGAGACAAAUCUCUUAUUCCUCUGCAGUCGCUCCUGAUGGCACAUUUGAAAAGUCAGCGUUUGGGGAUGACCUGAGCAGUGAAGAGGACCUCCUCUAUGAUGAAUUUCGAGGAUCUGGACAUCGUUAUGGACACCCAGGAGGAGGCGGAGGAGAGCAACUUGCCAUCAAUGAGGGUUACAUCAAACAGUGCCGCAAAAGGACAGACAUGUUCACUGAAGAGCAGCUUCGUACCAUCUUUGGGAAUAUCGAAGAGAUCUACCGAUUCCAAAGGAAGUUCCUCAAAGGUCUCGAGCAGAAGUUCAACAAGGAGCAGCCACAUCUGAGUGAGAUUGGUUGCUGCUUCCUUGAACAUCAAACAGAUUUCCAGAUCUAUUCAGAGUAUUGCAACAACCACCCCAAUGCCUGCAUCCAACUCUCCAAGUUGAUGAAGGUCAACAAGUAUGUAUUCUUCUUUGAGGCUUGCCGACUGCUUCAGAAGAUGAUUGACAUAUCUUUGGAUGGUUUUUUGCUGACUCCAGUUCAGAAGAUCUGCAAGUACCCGCUGCAGCUGGCAGAACUGCUCAAAUAUACCAACCCUCAGCACAGGGACUACAAAGAUGUGGAGGCAGCUUUGAAUGCCAUGAAGAAUGUUGCCAGGCUUAUAAAUGAGAGAAAACGGCGCCUUGAGAACAUCGACAAGAUCGCUCAGUGGCAGAGCUCCAUUGAGGAUUUUGAGGGUGAAGAUGUCCUCAGCAGAAGCUCUGAGCUCAUCUUUUCAGGAGAGCUGACCAAGCUAUCCCUGCCUCAGGCUAAGAGUCAACAGAGAAUGUUUUUCCUUUUUGACCAUCAGAUGGUGUACUGUAAAAAGGACCUCCUGCGCCGAGACAUGCUUUACUACAAGGGCCGGAUUGACAUGGACCACAUGGAAGUAAUAGAUCUGGAGGAUGGUAAGGAGAAAGACUUCAACACCAGCGUAAAAAAUGCUCUGAAACUGCGCUCGCUAACUGGUGAUGAAGUCCACCUCCUAUGUGCUAAGAAGCCUGAGCAGAAAGAGCGCUGGCUCCGGGCCUUUACUGAUGAGAGGAGGCAGGUCCAGCAAGACCGCGAGACAGGGUUCACUCUCACAGACGUCCAGAAGAAACAGGCCAUGUUGAAUGCCUGCAAAAGCCAUCCAGCUGGGAAACCCAAAGCGGUGUCCAGACCUUAUUAUGACUUCCUCCUGAGGCAGAAACACCCCUCUCUCCCCUCUGCUUUGCCCCAGCAGCAGGUCUUUAUGCUGGCUGAGCCCAAGCGCAAGACCUCCACCUUCUGGCACAACAUUGGCAGACUGACGCCCUUCAAGAAGUAAAAAAACUGUAAGGAAAAAAAAGCCUUGGAGAAAAGGAACAGAGAAGGAGAAAGAGUCUCUGUUCGUGCCUGAAUAGACCGUUUUUAACCCUUCCUCUCUUUAAUUCCUACACAUAAUAUCCUCUAAUUAUUGAUUUAUUGUAUAGAUAUGAAUUGAAUAUGUUAUCUUUUGAAAGCACUUUAUAUGUUGGUUAACAAUCAGACAUGGGAAUGGUCCUCUAGAGACAAUGAGUCAGAUAGGUAGAGUAAACUCUUGGUUCACUUAUAAAUAGACCUUGAAUCAAGCACUGAUUGGAACUAAAACUACUACUGUACUGCUACUGUAAUAGUACUGUACUACUAUUGUACUAGUACUGUACUAGUACUGUACUGCUGCAGGUGAGCGUGGGACUCCUGACUGUGCUGUCUCUGUGAAGACGUUGCCUGUCAACAAAACCUUGUUUAUUUUCACUCUUCUGUUGCUUCAUGAUUUGACAGAUGCCAAGUGUUUGUAGUGCCAGAUGAUCUGUUUUUAUAUUUGUUCCUUGUCUGCUUAUGAAGAGACAACAUUUCUUGUUUCCAUGUACAGAAAUAUGAUUUCAGCUAUGUUUUGUUUCGUGAUUAUGAUCCACCGGGAUUUGGUUUUGUACUUCUCUGGUGUAAUGUGCAAACUCCUGACGAAUAUCAAACGCAGCCCAAAGACAAAUCGGCUCAGUACAUGUUCUCGGCUGUUCUGGCUCCACGGUCUGAACCUCGACGACUCCUGAUACCUGCUGUGUCAACGAAAGUACGCAACUCGCUCGAUUUUCUUUUUCUUUCUGUUCUUUGUUGAAGUGCCAUUUGAAGUGUGUCAUGGAUGCUUUACAAUGACAUGCAUGGAUGUGCUUAAAAGAAAUACUGUGAGGAAUAUUUUUUUAUCUCUGAAGAGCCCUGCUAUAUUUAACCUGAUUGCUGGUUAAAGCUGGUUUCAUUGUGCAGCCAUGCUGACAGCAUCUCUCUGUCUCACACACACACAUUCUUUUAUCUACCUGUAUUCACUAUUCCUGCUCUGUGUAUCUGAUUUCCAGUAUAAUCUCAUGUCAGAUCAGUGCAGCCCGGCGAUAUUGCUCUGUAAGUGCAUUUAGUGAAAUGUACUCCUUACUCCUUUCUGUUCAAAAAUUAAACGUUCCUAAAAUGACUCAUGUCGCUUCAA